AUGCCCUCCCUCACUCUGCCAGACCCGGACAUGAUCCUGCCGUAUGACGGCAGCGAGCGCGAAUCUUCGACUCCCUCCCCGCCCUCCCAGCUGGUCUACCUCUCCAACUUAAACGCACGAUACACCGACCCCCAUGCCAGUUCCAGUGCAGCCUCGAGCAGCCGGCCCAAGAAAAAUUUUUCACGGUCCUGGUCCCACGAUGAUGUGAACGUCACGCCGAAUCCGCGUCGCUUGUCUGAUAUCGGGGAGGAGCUGUCGCCCGCGCGUUCGGGGGGAUUUGACGAGAUGAUGGAAGGAACAGACUCGUCACAAUCGCAAUGGAUCGCUCCGGAUUCGAAAGAGAAGGACAAUACUGCUUGGAGCAGCUCCAACUCGACUGUUAGUGCGGGAAGCGCGCGUCCUUCGAGAGAGAUGACCUCUCCGCAGACUGUACGGGGGGCGUCGCCGAUACAGGAUGAGAUUGUUAAUCAGACCUCGAAUAAGGAGAAUGAGCAGCCGAAGAAUGUGGCCAUCCCCGAGAGCAAUCCAAUUGUGUCGGGGAGCCCCAUUGUAUCUGGUAGUCCCAUUGUUACGGCUGCUGCAUCGGGCAAAGGUCCUGGGGAAGAGUUCUCGUCUGCGAUAUUAAGCAGUGAAGCAGAGAGGAUUCUAGAAAAUGCAAAGAAAAGAUUGACGCUUAUGGAAGGUAACCUUAAUCGAGCGCGUUCCACGGUGCGCCUAACGCCUUCGCCUUCACCAUCGGCUCCUGGUAAUAUCCAGCCCCUUGGGGCUCACCAGCCCGCUGGGGGCCUAUAUCGAUCGAUUUCUCGAACCGACCGUCGAGGAUCCGCGUUACGGCGACAAUCUUUUGUGCCCUCGCAAGAUGCCUCGACCAAUCGGCAUUCCCGAGUACACAGUGACACAAACUUUCCCGACGAGGCGACUCUGUCGAGUGAUACGAAAGGGCUCUCCCGCUCGGUCAGUGCAAUGGGUGCUAGCAGCUCUUCGUUUCAUCACGAUGAUCGGUCGUUCCGAUAUGAACCGACUCGCGCAUAUCUAACGCACCGGUCAUCGAUUUCAUCUAUGAAACCGCCUUCAUUGGAAUCUCCAGCACCCAUGCAAUCGCCUCAGCCUAUGGAGUCUCCCGUGCGCGAGGAUUACAGUCCAUCGGAUUCACCAAAGGGUCUGGGUAUCUCAGCAGACGACGAAUCCAAGUCUAACCCGGGGGAUUUCAGUCCAGUGUACAGUUCGUAUGGCCCGCCCAGUCGUGCUCAGUCUCAAUUACAAGUGCGCGAUCUGCAAUAUCAAAUGAAGGGUCUUCAUAUCAAAAUAUCUUCUCUCAAAGUUCGGAGCCAAGAGGAUAAUUUGCGCCGUCGUAGUCUACAAAGCCUACGUACCCCUAGCCCUCUGACAGCAGCGGAUCCCUGGUAUUCCAAUGGCCUGGAGAUGAGAGAUGGGCGCAGCAGUCAGGGAUCGAUAGCAAGACGCGAUGCAAGCUCUGAGUAUGCUCGAGAUGCUCGAGGCUCUAAUGAGCAUCUCGUGCCCGCAAGAAACCUCAGUGAGCACCGCAAGUCAGAUCGAACUGAGGAAAGCCCCGUGGAUCAUAAUCGCGCGAGCCUUACCAAUGCCCCGGAGGCUUGGAACAGUGACGAAUUAGAGAACUAUCAUGACGGUCGGAGGUCUGCUGCGGAGAGCAUGUAUGAGGAUGCUGAAGAAGGUGACUUCAAUGAUGGUGAUAUUGACCGUGAGGCCCUGGAUGAGAUCUUGCGCGAGCCGCUCGAUGAAGACCUGGAGAGCAUGGAUGAUUUCCCGUCUGGUAUUGACCCGAGACCUCACGAAGAGCGCGAGGAUGCGUUUGACUAUGAGCAUUUCAUUCUCCACAGUGCGCUUGGAAACUACUCCCGUCAGCUUCGUCGUACAAGCCAGAGUUCCCGAGGAUCUGUUGAAACAACGCGCCCUAAUCGGUCAAUCCGACACUCUCGCACCAACAGCAACAUGUCUGUCUCAACCGUGGCAACAUUCGCUACCGCAACCGAAGGCGAACAGAUGCCAGAAGAGGAAGAUGAUUUACUGUACUGGGACCGUCGUUUUAACCAUGGUAUGUUUUGUACGUCGUCCCCAAACUCUCAAGACACCAACUCACCAGCCCAUACAGAAUUGCGCCACCAGCAUACACACCAACCGAGCCCCAUUCAAGAAAUAGAUAGAGCUGAAACGCCUCGCGGGGUCCAGGGUAGCAAUCCUGGAUUUGUCACCCCCAUGGAAGAACAAGAAUCGCCGCGUCGUAUGGGCUUGACCGGCCGCUCCUCGUCUGCUACAACGGGCUCUGCAACUCCGACCUCUCUCGUUUCAUCUCUCGUCUCGACAGUGCGAGCAGCGUCUAGUCCUCACCCAGGCUCUGUAACGCCAACAUCAGGCGGUGGUAUCAAUGAUGAUGAUACACAGAUGCUCGAGCAACUCUUCUCGAGUCUCGGCAACGUCUGCAUGGAUCUCCAGGCUAUUACGACCUCCCCUGAUCCUGAUAUCAAGGCAGCUCGGGUGCUUCGCCGACGACUGGAUGCAGCACGCAGAGUAUUGGAUGGCGAACUUGAUACUUGA